AUCAUGAAAUAAAUUAAUUUACAAUGUUACCGCAAUAAUUAUAUGAAUCAAACUUGAUUAUGCAAACAACAAAAUAAUCCAAAUCCUGGAUCAUUUUUUCCUGAAAAAUAGGAUAGAAAUUCUGCAGAGACACGUUCAUUUUGAUAAACUAUUCAGAUCGUGAAAAUCACUUCUCAUUUAUUUUUUUCCUCUCUUAUAUAUAGGGAGAUGCCAUUUCUUCAUCCUGUCAAAAAAAUUCCUUUUUUUUCCUCAAUUAAAAUUCAAAAAUUUCCUUCAAUUUCACCCAUCCGCGUUUCAGUUCUUCCAUUUUACUAGAAAGAUUGAAUCUUUGACAAACCCACAUUUCAAAUCAUGCAUAUGCGUAGAAUAUGCAUGUAACAUCGUGUAGUUGAUUCAUGAAUUUGGGGUUUGUUGUGAUGUGUAAUUUGGGGAUGAAUAUCUGGCGAUGGCAAUGAGGGUAGAGGUAGAGGUAGAGGGAGAUGGAGGUGGUAAGAUCAGAAAGGGACAUUGAUAAAUUGCCGUUAUUGCAGGGGCAGGCGGUUCAGAGAUCAAGAUUACAAGCUUGGUUUAUCAGAAUUUGUUCUAGCAUUCUAAUAUGGACCUGUUUGGUUCAGCUUGUCACAGUUGGGGAACUGUGGCAUCCUCGGCUAUUCACCGGAGAAUUGGGAUUUAGAAAAAUGUCGGUUGGUGGAGAAGAAUCCCUACCUUCUUCACCCCCACCCCCGGUUCCUUCUAGAAAUUACAGAAGUAAUGGUUUUCUUAAAGUCUCUUGCAAUGGCGGCUUGAAUCAAAUGCGCUCAGAGAUUUGUGACAUGGUCACAAUUGCUAGGCUGUUAAAUCUUACUUUGGUUGUUCCCGAGCUUGAUAAGGCAUCAUUCUGGGCUGAUCCUAGUAAUUUUGAGGAUAUUUUUGAUGUGAGACAUUUCAUUGAUUCAUUAAGAGAUGAAGUUCGAAUUAUUAAGAGGUUGCCCAAGAAGUUUGGGGCAAGAUAUGGAUUUAAACCGCUUAUAAUGCCUCCUGUAAGCUGGUCAAAUGAGAAAUACUAUUUGCAACAGAUUUUGCCUCUCUUCAGCCAGCAUAAGGUUAUAUACUUCAACAAAACAGAUGCUCGACUGGCAAAUAAUGGGAUCCCUCUUGAGCUUCAGAAACUCAGGUGUCAUGUCAAUUUCCAGGCGCUAAAGUUCACACCUGAGAUUGAGGCUCUGGGAAACAAGUUGGUUCAUAUUCUUCAAGAAAAGGGACCAUAUUUAGCAUUGCAUCUCCGAUAUGAAAUGGACAUGUUGGCUUUCUCAGGUUGUACUCAUGGCUGUACUGUAGAGGAGGCUGAGGAACUCAAACGGUUAAGGUAUGCAUUUCCUUGGUGGAGGGAGAAAGAAAUAGUAUCAGAGGAAAGGAGAUCUCAUGGCUUAUGUCCUCUUACCCCAGAGGAGACGGCUUUGAUUCUGCGAGCAUUGGGAUUUGAUAAGGAAACCCAAAUCUAUAUUGCAUCUGGUGAGAUCUACGGAAGUGAACGCAGACUUACUUCUUUAAGAGCUGCCUUUCCAAGGAUUGUUAAAAAGGAAAUGCUGCUAGAUCCCAAAGAUUUGCUGCAGUUUCAGAAUCAUUCAUCUCAAAUGGCAGCCCUCGAUUUUAUGGUUUCUGUUGCUAGUAAUAUUUUUAUUCCCACAUAUGAUGGAAACAUGGCAAGAGUCGUGGAAGGUCAUCGUAGGUACCUUGGUUUCAAAAAAACCAUCAAACUGGAUCGCAUAAAGCUUGUAGAGUUGUUGGAUUUACUUCAAAAUGGGACACUCACCUGGGAUGAGUUUUCAGCUGCGGUACAAGUGGCCCAUGAGAGAAGAAUAGGACAGCCAAGUCAACGUAAGGUUAUUCCAGACAAGCCGAAAGAAGAAGAUUACUUCUAUGCGAAUCCUCAAGAAUGCCUUUGUGAAAGCAUUAGUUGUGACGACUUAUCAAGUCCUGGUAAUGCAACUACAAUCAUAUGAUACAUUGCUGUAAAAUCUUUUUUUUUUUUUGGCAUCGAUCUGUCAAUACAUGUGGUGAAAGUGAGGUUAACUAUGCCACUCCAAUAAUCUGAGACUUGUUUUGAUGGAUACAUGCACUCAAAAACGAACUGUCGACUGAAGUUGCUGCUGGUUCCUAUCAAGAAUUGAUCAUCGUUUGUGAAGAAUUCUCAAGAAAGAAGGAACUUUUAAGCUAAAAGAUAAUUGAAAAGAUUCAAAAUGUCUUCAUUCAUUUUGUUAAUAUGUAAUUUUAUUUUCUUCUGCUGAUAGAAUAAUGCCGUGUAAUUUUGGAUAUUGUCAUUCAUACAGAAAUUUCCUCGUUAAUUGCUA